CCUCGUGACUCUGACGCUUGUCCAAAAACUGUUACAGAGAAAGAGAAAAAGGAGAGAAGAAGAAGAAAGGAGAGCACUAAUAUUUGACCAUUCGAGAUUUCAUAGGGAUUUUUAUUUUGCGUCUUUCCGACUUCCAAGUCAAGCUUCUCUGCUGCCGCUGCUUUGUUCGUUUGUUGUUUACUUUUCUUAAUUGUUAAGGAGGAAGAGAGAUUAGGGUUUUGGAUCGGAGAGAGAGAGAGAGCUGAGAUGACGACGAUGGAGAGCUUGAUCGGGUUGGUGAAUAGGAUACAGAGGGCGUGUACUGUGCUGGGUGACUAUGGAGGCAGUGAUAGUUCUUUCUCUUUGUGGGAAGCUCUGCCCUCUGUUGCCGUCGUCGGUGGCCAGAGUUCGGGGAAGUCUUCGGUUUUGGAGAGCAUUGUUGGGCGUGACUUUCUCCCCAGAGGAUCAGGGAUUGUGACAAGGCGGCCUUUGGUGUUGCAGCUCCACAAGACAGAUGAAGGAACCCAGGAGUAUGCCGAGUUCCUUCACCUCCCCAAGAGAAGAUUCACCGAUUUUGCCAUGGUUCGAAAGGAAAUUCAGGAUGAAACUGAUAGAAUAACAGGAAAGUCAAAACAGAUAUCUCCUGUUCCCAUACAUCUCAGCAUCUACUCCCCGAAUGUUGUCAACUUAACCCUAAUUGAUUUACCCGGUUUGACGAAAGUUGCUGUUGAGGGCCAGCCUGAAAGUAUUGUUGAAGAUAUUGAAAAUAUGGUUCGAUCUUAUGUUGAGAAGCCUAAUAGCAUCAUACUAGCAAUAUCUCCAGCCAACCAAGAUAUAGCCACAUCUGAUGCUAUCAAACUUGCUAGGGAAGUGGAUCCAACAGGUGAACGAACAUUUGGGGUGUUGACAAAGCUUGAUUUGAUGGACAAAGGAACUAACGCGUUGGAUGUUAUUGAAGGAAGAUCUUAUCGCCUGCAACGUCCUUGGGUUGGAGUUGUCAACCGUUCACAAGCAGAUAUUAAUAAAAACACAGACAUGGUUCUCGCGAGGCGAAAAGAGCGUGAAUACUUUGCAACCAGUGCCGACUAUGGGCACUUAGCUAGUAGAAUGGGUUCUGAGUAUCUUGCAAAACUUCUCUCGAAGCACUUGGAGUCUGUGAUUAGGGCUCGAAUUCCGAGUAUCACAUCUAUGAUUAACAAAAGCAUUGAUGAACUUGAAUCGGAGAUGGACCAUCUCGGUAGGCCUAUUGCCGUUGAUGCUGGGGCUCAAUUAUACACUAUCCUGGAACUUUGCCGUGCAUUUGACCGGAUUUUCAAGGAGCAUUUAGAUGGAGGGCGGCCCGGGGGUGAUCGGAUUUAUGGUGUCUUUGACAACCAGCUGCCUGCUGCGUUGAGGAAGCUUCCAUUUGAUCGACAUCUUUCCUUACAGAAUGUAAGGAAAGUGGUUUCAGAGGCUGAUGGUUAUCAGCCUCACUUGAUUGCUCCAGAGCAAGGUUACCGCCGCCUAAUUGAGGGAUCACUGAAUUAUUUUAGAGGGCCAGCUGAAGCUUCUGUGGAUGCUGUCCACUUCGUCUUGAAAGAACUUGUAAGGAAGUCAUUAGCAGAAACUCAGGAAUUGAAGCGCUUUCCGACUCUGCAAGCUGAAAUAGCUGCUGCUUGUAAUGAAGCCUUGGAAAGGUUCCGUGAUGAUAGUAAGAAGACAACUCUUCGAUUAGUGGACAUGGAAUCUUCAUAUUUGACUGUGGAUUUCUUUCGGAGACUUCCCCAGGAAGUGGAGAAGCCAGGAAACCCAGGUACCACGACUUCUCCUGCUGUGGACCGAUAUGCAGAGGGCCACUUUCGGAGGAUAGGAUCGAACGUAUCCUCUUAUGUGGGAAUGGUGUCUGAGACACUGAGGAACACAAUCCCCAAGGCUGUCGUUCAUUGUCAAGUCAGAGAGGCCAAAAUGUCGUUGCUGAAUCACUUCUAUAUACAAAUAGGAAAGAGAGAGGCUAAGCAGCUUUCCCAGCUGCUUGACGAAGACCCAUCGUUGAUGGAGAAGAGGCAACAGUGUGCUCAAAGGCUUGAAUUAUACAAGUCAGCUAGGGAUGAGAUUGAUUCCGUAUCAUGGGCUCGCUGAGAAGAAUUAACAAUCAGAGAUAUCAGAGUUACUGCUACCGAUAUGUAAACACGACCGAAUUUAUUGAAUUGUUGUUCAAUAGAGAUCUUGCCCUUUUUUCUUCUUCAUACUAUUAUUCUAUGUAAUUGUUGACCCAACUUCUCGUGCUUUGGGAUGGGAUGUUGAACUGUUAUAUUCUUUUUUUUUUUUUUUUUGGGUCAGAUCGAUUGCUGUAUUUGUUUUGAUUACUAUUGUGA